AUGUCUUCCCCAUGGAAGAAGCAUCCGGAGGAGGUAGCAGGAGCGGUACUGAAAAGAGCUGAAUUGAGCAAGAUGGCUCGGAAACUGCAGAAUCGACUGGCGCUCGCACAGUUCAAAACCGAAAGGGGCUGGGAGGAUCUUACUCUGGAUACAAUAGAACCCAGGAUGGAAGAAGAACUGAGGAGAAGACGACCAACCUCAAGCGGAGAUAUAUUGUCGGAUUCGUCCUCAAGUGUUGCAUCUGAAUUACCAUACUCGAACCGAAGAACCUUAUUGAGUUCUCCCUUAAAAGCCGCAGCCAUAUUUUCCCAUCGAAAUGUAUCAAGUGGGAGUAGCACUAGCCCUAGGAAGAGGUCGUACCAUACCACUUUCCAUCCACCAAGCUCAACUUCUGGAUCUCGAAAGAGGGUUCGCUCCUCUCCCACACCGAGUAGAUUACUACGCCAACCAAAUAGCUCCUGGAAGAGUCACCGCCAAUUGGCCCAGUCAUCCCCUAUCAAGCCGCGCAAACCUCACUUCACCACCUCGGCAGGACCGGAUAUCUCUUUUUACAGAGGAUCUUCACAUCUGCCAGACAAUCUUACCUCUCCUAACUUCGCAGCCCCAUCCGAUGAUGAGGAAAACCACCUACCUCUACAUUCCUUCAACAUCCGUCCCUCAUCUCCGCGUACUCCAUCUCCUGUUCGAAGCAGAGGCAAUCCACGUCAUCGAAACAAAGAAGGUAACGGCAGGUUAGCGGAAGCUGAAGCAGAUCUCCUACUCUACCUCAGUAGUCCCGCAAAUCCCGCUUCACGAAAGAGCAUGCAACCACCAUCUACUCCACCAUCCAGGAAGCUUGAUCUACCGUCAUCUAUGAUGACUACUCCUAGUUAUAGCGGUGGUUUUUCAAUAUUUGGUGCACCGGCCACACCUUCACAAGGAUUCGACUUUGCCGACUUUGUCAAUAUCACUCCAAGUCCCGCUCAAACAACCUGGACCCCAAGAGCUGCGAAGACUCCAUUGACUGUUACACGCAGGCGCUUAACAUUCGAAAACUUUUAUCCAUCAAAUGCAAGCCCGUCAAUGCGUGAAAGUCCUGUUUCCAAAAACACCGGACUUGGUAUGCAACUAGGUGGUGACCUUUUACCCUAA